GUCCGCCUCGAUCCAAUCCUGUCGCCUCCCCCACUCCAUACACCGCGCCCAUACACCGCGACACUCAAAUUCCAAUCUCGAUGUCCAUUCAACGUCCUACAAACCCACCAGACUAUACACCGGGUCCACGCACACAAGAACAUCCCAACUAGCCACCUCCCGCUCCGAUCGGAGGAGGCGGAGCGUGGCCGCGGCGCCGACCGAGACCGAUCCCCCGGGGGAAGCCUGCCCCUAUAAAUACCCGACCUCGCCGGCGCUCGCGACCUUCGAGAAACCCUCCUUCUCCGCUGCGCCUUGCUCUAAUUAGUUGCGGUUCUCUCGCAACCUUGCUGAUCACUCACUGCUACCUCCGCUGCUUUGCUCUGCUACUGCUGCUUGUGGUGGUUGUGGCACGGAAACCCUAGCCCUGGCACUAAUGUCGCAGCAGGAGGCUGCGGACCCGCCGGCGGCGGGGGCGGAGGAGCGGCCGGGGGGGCUCCCGCGGAGCGGCUCCGCCAGCCGCCUCAACGCGCAGGCGCCGGAGUUCGUGCCGCGGGCCGCGGCGGCGGCACCCCCACCCCCGCCGCCGGCGCAGACGGUGGUCCGUCUGUUCCCGCCGCCACCGCGCUCCGCGGCGUUCUUCGUUGCGGGGCCGCCGCCGCCGCCGCCGUUCGGGUACUACGCGGCGGUUGGCGCCGGUGGUGCCGGGUUCCGUGCCGCCGCCGCGGCGGAGCAGCCGGUCGAGGCUGAGCAACCGGCGCAGGCGCAGCAGCCGGCGAGGGACGAGAUCUUUGACGACGCGGUGCACAAGAUCAUAAAGCAGGUGGAGUAUUAUUUCAGUGAUAUAAACCUGGCCACUACUGAACAUUUGAUGAGGUUUAUUACUAGGGAUCCUGAAGGAUACGUGCCAAUAUCAGUUGUUGCUAGCUUUAAGAAAAUUAAGGCUUUGGUGCCAAGUAAUUCCAUGCUUGCUUCAGCUCUUCGGACGUCAUCAAAGCUUGUCAUUAGUGAUGAUGGAACAAGAGUAAAACGUGAGAGGCCAUUUACAGAAUCAGAUUUAGAAGAACUCCAGGCCCGAAUUGUUGUUGCAGAAAACCUUCCAGAUGAUCAUUCUUACCCGAAUCUAAUGAGGCUCUUUUCAGCUGUUGGCAGUGUCAGGACAAUUCGAACAUGCUAUCCUCAGACCCCAAAUGGCACUGGUCCAGUUACUAACAGAUCUUCCAAGCUAGAUAUGCUUUUUGCCAACAAACUGCAUGCUUUUGUUGAGUAUGAUACUAUUGAAGAUGCUACGAAAGCGAUUGUGGAACUUAAUGAUGAGAGGAACUGGAGAAGUGGGCUCAGAGUUCGAUUGCUGAACACUUGCAUGACAAAGGGAGGAAGAGGGAAAAAGGGUGGGCCAGAAGCUGAUGGAUAUGGUGAUGAGGAGAAUGUCUCCACUUCUUACCAACCAAAUGAUAAACAUCUAGAAGAAACAUCUCAAUUGUCAGAUGCACAUGGAGAACACGUGUUUGAUUUUGUACAGACUGAGGAUGGCACUGGAGAUAUGGGACGAGGACAUGGCAGAGGCCGUGGCCGUGGUGGCAGAGGCCGAGGGCGUGGUUAUCACCACCAUAACAACAAUCAACAUCACAACAACCACCAUCAGCAGCAGCACCAAAACAGCAACCACCACGGUAACAGCCGUAGUGGCGCCAUUCCGGUUGUAACCACACCAUCUGGCCACCCAAUGAAGAUUGAGCAGCAGCAGGAGCAGCAGGCACAACCGCAGCCACAGGCACUCACAGCGGCUAACAAACAGCCUACAGGGCCGCGCAUGCCAGAUGGCACACGUGGAUUCACCAUGGGCAGAGGGAAGCCGCAAACAUCACCCAGUGUAUCCGCUAGCGAACCUGAACCUUGAAUUCGAAUCACGCAAAUGGGGAGACGAGACACAUCGAUUACUGUUUCUCAUGUUGAUAGGUAUGGUGAGAGACUGCCUUUUAGAAGUCUCCUCGUAGGUUGCUUUCUAAUUUAUGGACCAUACAAGUUUGCAUGUGCUGUGUGUACUUUGAAACUAGCAGAAUACUGGUUUGUGACUAGUACGAUUGCGGCCAUUUUGUAAUUUCACUUUUGUCCUUUUCGCAGUUUUGGCUGUAAGACAGAGAAGUGAAAUACUCUUAUUAAAAAGGAAAAGGAGGACCCUUGUAAAAUUUUGAUGA